CGAAAGUUUCGCUGUACACGCCAAUAUUACAGUCCAUAAUAAUUUAAGAAAAGAAACGAAGACUGGUCAAUCUCAUCCUCGUCUUCACUGGAUUUUUUUUUCCUUUUCGGCUUCAACUCGUAACAAUUUUGAAAUCGUAAUCAGGGCAAACUCACUAUAAACUUGGCAACAUCAAAUGUGCUUGACCAGUUUUAGAUAAGACUAAUUGUGCAUCUGUCAUUUAUUUGAGGAGUUCCUUUCAUGGUUGGGAAAAUGGUGGAAAGGCAAAAAUUUACUGGACUUAUAGGAGGAAAUAAUGACAACGACAACAACUAUUAUGAUUUCACCCAGGGCUUUUACCAAAAACUUGGUGAGGGUACAAACAUGUCCAUUGACAGUUUACAGACGAGCAAUGUUGGUGGGUCUGUCUCAAUGUCUGUGGACAACAGUAGCGUUGGGUCCAACGAUUCUCUUACCCACAUUUUAAGCCACCCGGGUUUAAAACCUGUCCGUCACAACUACAGUGUGUCAGUUGGCCAGAGUGUGUUUCAUCCAGGGAAGGUUACCCAUGCGCUAAAUGAUGACGCACUACUUCAAGCAUUAAUGGAUAGUAGAUACCCAACUGAGGGAUUGGCGAACUAUGAUGAAUGGACUAUUGAUUUGAGGAAACUGAAUAUGGGAACAGCUUUCGCUCAAGGUGCUUUUGGAAAGUUAUAUAGAGGAACAUAUAAUGGAGAGGAUGUUGCAAUAAAAAUACUGGAGAGACCAGAGAAUAGCCUGGAGAAGGCCCACGUGAUGGAGCAGCAGUUUCAGCAGGAAGUCAUGAUGCUUGCAACACUAAAACACCCUAACAUUGUGCGAUUUGUUGGUGCAUGCCGUAAGCCCAUGGUUUGGUCUAUUGUGACAGAAUAUGCAAAGGGUGGGUCAGUUCGGCAGUUUCUGAAUAAGAGGCAUAAUCGGGCGGUACCACUGAAAUUGGCAGUUAAGCAGGCAUUAGAUGUUGCAAGGGGAAUGGCAUAUGUCCAUGGGCUUGGGUUUAUACACCGGGAUUUGAAGUCAGACAACCUUCUGAUUUCUGCUGAUAAGUCAAUAAAAAUUGCAGAUUUUGGUGUGGCACGGAUUGAGGUGCAGACAGAGGGCAUGACGCCGGAAACAGGAACAUACCGUUGGAUGGCUCCGGAGAUGAUUCAGCAUAGGCCCUAUACACAAAAGGUGGAUGUGUACAGCUUUGGAAUUGUGCUUUGGGAGCUGAUAACAGGUUUGCUACCCUUCCAGAACAUGACAGCAGUGCAAGCUGCAUUUGCUGUGGUGAAUAAAGGUGUACGACCAGUUAUCCCAAAUGACUGUCUACCUGUUCUGAGUGAGAUCAUGACUCGCUGCUGGGACACCAACCCGGAAGUGCGUCCUCCUUUCUCUGAUAUUAUCAGAAUGCUUGAGAAUGCCGAAACUGAGAUCAUGACUAAUGUGCGCAAGGCACGCUUCAGAUGUUGCAUGAUCCAACCCAUGACAGUGGACUGAUCCAGACUUAAAUUGAGCAACAAAUGGUAAAGAUGAUACGAACAAGCCCCGGAAAAUAUAAAUUGAUGCAUUAUGAACUUUUAUCGUGUAUGUAUUAGUUUUCUUUUUCCUUUCUUUCGGUCCUUGCUUUUUUUAAGAUAGGGUGAAGAUAACCAUUUAGAUUGUUGGCUUCUGGUUUUUUCGAUUCUCAAUUGUAACGCAGUAGUAAUGUUGAAGCCGGUUUUCUAGUCCCAAGUAGUUGUGGGAACACUUACUUUCUUACCUUUGUAGCUAAAUAUAUGGCACCUGCUGUCUACAUUGCUGUUGAUUGUUCUUGUUUUUUGUAUAACAAAUGCAGGUUCCAUGAAUAGAUUAAUAUUGCCUCUUUUUCUCA